AUGACGCAUUGUAAUGAUGGAUCUGAGCCCAGUUCAAGUAUCAAAAUAGUGAAAAGACAACAUCCUAUGACAGAAAUUGGGAAUCAUCCUGAAGGGCAGGCUCCAGCAAACAUUGAGAAUACAACAGAUGAAGAGCGAGAAUUCACUGUGAAUUUGGGAGAUGGUGGAAAGGAGCAUGUGGUGAAAGGCACGAUCCACAAUAGCCUGCUUACUGCCCUCAAGGCUUCUGAAGAUAUUAAGGCUUACAUGCAAAAAAAGAAGGGCAAGAUGUACUUGAUAGGGAAGAAAGGGAUUGAGGGUUGUGUUAAUUUGGGGAUGCCUCUGAAAUAUGUGCCUGGUGGCUCCCAAUUUGGAUUGAAAUUUUACAGUAAGCAAACUAAGAGCCCUGAUGAACUGGAAUACAGGCAAGAUGAAAUGAAGAGCAAGGAAUGUGUCUUGUUCUUUGUUGCUCCAAAUGCAAAUAAAUUUGAAACCAAUGAGCCACUAAGUCAUAAGAUAAUUCGAUGUAACCAGCUUCUUAAAGAACAUUGCAAUCUAUGUGUCUUUGCUCCAAAAGAAGAAUCCACAAAGGAUGCCAUAUGUAAAGAUGGCCGCUUUACACUGCUUCUAAAAGAAAGAGAUUGGGUGCUAAUGGAGAAUAAAAUGUCCAUACCAAACAGCCACACAGUGAAUUCAUUAUCUAACAGGACCUUUAGAAUUCAUGUGAAGACUAAGAGACGGGUCAAUGCUACUAAGGGUCCAAAUAAUGAACAGAUCCUUCCAGUUUCUCAAGCAGCACAACUGAAAGCUUUGUAUUCUUUUAAAUCUAAUCUCUUAAACACAUAUCCUGAUCUGGAGAAACAGAGCCAAUUAAUCAUUACCUUCUUUCAAAAUCACAAGGAGCAACUUCAAGUGUGCAAAGAAAACUUUGCUAAGGAGAACAAUACCUCAAUUCCAGUUAAAUUGUCAAGUUUCCGUGCUAAUUUCGGUAAAUCAGUUGGGUAUAUAGAGUGGGGCAUUUUUGCAAAGGAGGGCUCUGCUACUUGUUUUGUCUUGUGUGGCAAGUACGUACUCACCUGCCACCAUGUGAUAAAAUUGAUAGUUGGAGAAGGCAUGGAAGAAAAAGACUGGGCACUCAAAAUAAGCCAGUCAGCUCGUGUGACUUUCUCUUAUGAAAAUUCACACCCUGAUCCUGAUAACUGGUUCACACUUGAAGAAUGGUUUGAAAUAUCAGACAACGAUCUUGAUUUUGCUGUCCUGAAACUGAAAGAAAAUGGAAACAAAAGUUCACUUCCUGGCAGCUUGGUGCAGUUCAUCUUCCCUCCACCAUUCAAUGGUCUUAUUGAUAUCAUUGGUCAUCCAGAUGGAGAAGCAAAGCGGACAGAUCCUUGUUCUAUUAUCAGUGUGUAUGAACGCAAAGAAGAGAGUACUCGUCGCUUACAGCAGGGACAAUGGACACAAUGCAAUUACUUCCAGUGUGGAAUUGAUGCCAAGGGUAUAAAAUGUAUCCAUGUGUACAAUCCUAGAGAUUUCCCAGAAAUCAUUUAUAAUCAUAAUGCAAUCACCUAUGACACCUCUUUCUUCCAUGGCUCUUCAGGCUCACCUGUGUUUGACAGAAAUGGCCACUUAGUUGCAAUGCAUACUGCAGGAUAUCAUUAUGGAGGAAAGUAUAAAAAGAAUAGCAUAAUUGAAUUUGGCUAUUCAAUGAAAUCAAUCCUCACAUGGUUCAGUCCCAUUCGGUUGGAGCAGCCAGCAGAGGGCGCCCUGGUGCUGGUCAGAGGGGCGGCCGAGCAUGAGGGGCCAGCUCGCCGGGCGGAAGGUUGCAUUGCUCUCGUUGUGCGGAGAAACCCCCGCUCACCCGGACUCCUCGUAGAAAGGCGGCGUGUGCGUGUGUGUGUGCGUGUCAGAGGAAUCAACAGGGAGGUGGAGCCGGAGCUCUUGCUGCAUCCAGCAGCCAGGGAAGAGGAGGAGGGGGAGACGAAGAAGACGAGGGAAGGAAACUAG